AUGAUGGCGGCGGCGGUAGAGAGAGGAGGCGUCCGGGCCGCUUUCCUGAACCCGAGCAGCGGCGGUGGAGGAGGAGGAGGACCGGUACCGACGAGCCUCCCGACCGGAGCGUUAGCCGGGGCUGUGGUGCUGGGCUCCGGCAGCAUGCCCGUCCCCAUGAACCUCUUCGCGACCUGGGAGAUAGACCGAUCGUCCCCCAGCUGCGUGCCAAGGUAACCCCCCACCCCAGCAGCAGCAUAAUGUCUAAAUGUUAUUAGACAAUAAUAAAGAGAGACUAACACCGCCCUGCUGGGCUGAAACCGUAGAGACGAACUGACACACAUUUCAAACACACAGGCUAACUAAGCUAGGUGGCUAAUGCUAAAGAUCCGAGCUAACGAACAUCAUCGGUUCCUCUCAUGUUUGGGCUCAUAAACAGUUAAUUUUCUGUUAAUUCGUGCAGAUUAAACUCGAAUUAGGACGUCUGAGGAGUGAAAAAGCGUCGUGUUUAUUAAUGAAUGUAAAGUGUAAAAGUGUGAAAUGGUGGAGUGAGGUUGGCUGUGACCGUUAACCAAAGUUAAAGCUUCACUCUCUCUCUCUCUCUGUCUUCGGCUCAGCUCGGCUCUCUCUCUUAAUCUGAUAAAACCUUCAACUAACUUUUAUUUUAUUGUCUGUUUGCUGUCCUGAGCUGUUUGUCUGUGAACUCACGGCUCUAAUAGGAACAGAUUAGUCUGUAAAUACAGAGACAUGGAUGUUAUUCAGACAUCAACUCUGUUUAUUGUCUCUCUUUUCAUAGUUUUGACUCUUAAUCCUCUAAAAUUCAUGCUGUUAUUCACUCUGGAGAUAAUGAUAGUUUUUUUGCAUUUGUUGGUGUAAUUAAAUAUGAAGUAUUUUGAUGUUUUAAACACUCUCUCAUCAUGUUUUUAUCUGAUCUGUCAUUGUUUCCAUCAGUGCACAAUAAUGAUUGAAGUUAAAGUGAUUUUCAUUAAUACCGUUAAUGAAACUGCAGUUAUAUUUUCCUAAAGUAGAAGUAAUAAUGAUAUCAGACCUUCUCCUCACCUGGACAGGUGUAUGGACUGCUGAUAGUUGUCGAACCCAUGACACUCCUGGUAUUUAACGCCGUGCGUCGACGAAUGAUUAUAACAUGUUGGUGGCGUUGCCGCCCUGCUGUGAUAUGACAGUGUUGCACAAAUUGCUCUUUGCGUUGUUAGUAACAUCUCUGGUAAAGUGAAGCCAAGCUUUGGAUCUCUCCAUCAUGAGGGCCGGCCGCUCCGGCGUGAUGUAAAGUAUCAACAAGGGAGUCGUUUGGGUUAAUGAUGUUGAUGGAUCAAACCAUUUCUAAUCGACUCUUAUCAGUUAUCAAUACCCACCCCUAUUCAGACCUGACCAAGAGAGAAAAACUCAGAUUAACUUGAUUCACUAAACCGCCUGAAAGUUGAACCCAGAGACCAGACAGCUGAUCUAAAACCCCAAACAGAUGAGGAGACUUGAUUUUAGUCUCAGUGUCUGCAGACAUGAGCCUCAUUUAUGGGCCCGUCUGUAACGCAGCAGCUCUGAUCUUUAACGUGGCGUUACGGUCACCUCCACAGUGAGCAUCAGUCAGUGUUAGUGCGCACGCUCGCUCAUCCUGGGCCUGAAUCCUCACGCUGUUAUCAGAUCCUCAUACAGGACAGAUUCACGUGCACGGUUUGAGAUCUGAAACUCUUCAGCGGUUCAGCACUGACGCACAAACACAGAGACAGACACACACAGAGACAGAAACUAACACAAACACUCAGUAUGUUGACGGAGCAGUUUGCAUAAUCAGAGAGUAAACUGUAGUGAUUGCUGCUGUUAUGUAAAGGGAUGUUCUCCGUCCGUGGUCUGUAUUGUCUGUAUGUUGUUGGGCUGAUUUGGCGGUGCAGCAGUCAUAUUCACUCAGGCUGUGUGCAUUAGUAUGCAUGUGCAGGGAGCAGCUCUGCUCUGCUGCCACCUGACCAGAAGCCUCUCGGGAGCUGUGGGCACAUUAAUCAGCUUUGACCUAGAUCUGCUCCACUCUAUGGGAGAGAAGUGGGCUUGGGAGGGGAGGGUUUCCUCUGCCCGUGUGUGUGUGUGUGUGUGUGUGUGUGUGUGUGCCUGCUUCCUCUCCAGCCUGCAUGAGUCUGCAUGUGUCAAUGAAAUCAGAGCUUUAUGGAAAACAUUGAUAAUCUGGAGUCAGUGUCAGUGAUGCUGAUUGCUCACAUUAGCCUGUUUGUGUCCUACCAUCCCACCAUCGUACAGACGUUUUUAUUGUUGUCCUAUUUCUGCAAACACGUCUCCAUUUUUAGAUUGAAGCUCUGGAAAGGUCAGCUGGAUUUCCUGACCUUAAUCUCUCAUCGCUGCGCACCAAAACUAUGAGAUAUGAAAUGUUUGUCUGUGGCGUUUGUCUUUGUGGACCUGCUCAUCUUCUCUGUGUGUUCCUCUCUGACAUUAGUGGGCUAACAUGCGUGAAGGUCUGAGGAGGAAAAGCAGCAAACAUGUGGCGUCCACGCUCUCCUCCCUGUAGUGGACGGAUGGACGGACAGACGGACGGCUGUAUGAAAGAUGGAUUAGGAUGAGGAUGAUGGAUUAUUGAUAAGGCGUGGAGUGAAUGUUUUGUUCAGAGGAGCUGUGUCUGACCGAUCUGAUCAUCUCUGCGGUUUGAUUGGACAGGCAGGGUUACAGCUAGGGCUGGGCGAUAAAACGAUAACGAUAUCUAAAAUUAAUUUCCCUCAAUAUCAAUAUGAAACAUGAUCAAUAUGCUUUUUAAUAGCCGUCAUUCUGACAUGUUUCGGUGGACCAUACGAAGAGCCAAUGGUCGCUUUAAAACAUCAAUGAGGAAGUGCGGCCUGGUGGAAACUGCAGCUCGUCAGUGAAGUGACCCUGAGCAGACUGACGACCAUAUAAUCAGACCAACUUCAGAAGACAGACUCUAGAACCAAGUAUCAACCAACUGCUGCUCCACCCAACCAUAGACCUUUAACAGGUGAAGCCGACAGCACUGUUGGUGAGAAACAAAGACCUCACAGAUGCAGGAGAUUAUCGUGUUGGAAAAGACAUGAGACCAAGAAACUCUGUUAGAUUUUUAUAUCCUGAUAUUGAUCGAUAUCAGCUGAUAGGAAAUAAAUAUAUCCUGAUAAAGUUUUUCACUGAUCGCCCAACCCUAACUACAGAGUGUUACAGGGAGGGUUCCAGACUCUCUGUUCUGGGUCUCUCUCUCUCUCUCUCUCUCUCUCUCUCUCUCUCUCUCUCUCUCUCUCUCCUCUCAUGUGGCCCCGCCCACCCUCAGCCUGUUUUGGGGGAUUGUGUUCUGGCAUGCUGUCAGGGGCGGGGCCUUUUUGUCUGCAGCUGUUUGCUCCUCCACUGGACUUUAGGAGGAGUGGGAGUCCAGAUGAGGGUCUGAGUCUCAUAUGAGGGUGAAGGACUCUUCAACAACAACAACAAAAACUCUUUUUAUUGUGGGACCAGGUCCACACAGCUGGUCCUCAUCAACCAGAGACCGUCUGUUAGAAAUGAUCCUGUUUCUGAGGAGGGUCCUCAGUCCUCAGGCUCUCCAAAACCCUCAGAGACCGGGCUUUGUGGUCUCUAACUGACCGGACUGUGGUCAGGGAAAGACCACUUCUCAGCUCUGGGUGGUUGGUCCUGGUCUGCAGCAGCUUUAGUGAACUCGUCCUCUGUUGCCUGUUUAUUUGUUCAGAGAAGGACUUUAGUCAAGUUCCACUAAAGGGGGAUAAAGUUCUGGCUGGUGUGGUUCUGACAUCAUUGUUGUGAAGUUUUAAGCCCCCCUCUUUAAAACUGAAGAUGCAGCAUCUAUGAUUUCCAGUUCUUCGUUAAGCGAAACGUCUCAACUAAUUCCAGUUGUCCUUUCCCAAAAGAGUGUUAGAUUCUGAUGUAUCAGACCUCAGGACAGUUCACCAACAAGUAAUAUUAAGACCAUGCGGUGACUCCAACUACAGAGUCCUGAUGCUCCUAACCCCCGACCUCCACCUUCAUCCUGAACAUCUACUUCCUUUCAGGAGGAUCGUAUUUCACACCAUGCAAACGGGCGGAGACGAACAAGUGAAAGGUUUUUAGACGUCAUUUCACCCCGAUGACACCAUGGAUGAGGAGAUGCUGAUUCUAGAAGUCUAGAAGUAGAUUUCCUCCUCUGGAAGGACACAAUCUACUGCUUAUAUGUCUAUGUGUCUGUCUUUAGAGAGACAACUCGUUAUCGUGGGAUUGAACGUGAAUCUGCAGGUUCUUGUGAGUUCUCCCCUCCCCUCUCCUCGUGGUCACGCCCAAGUCUGUCAAAACCCUCUCUGUUUCCUGUCAUGUCCUCCUGGAGGAGGAAUUUCCUCGGCCCAGUAACCCACCCGAGCCCCCGUCUGUGAUCCGGUUCUGAUCAAAAACCUGCUCCUUUUUCAGGGGGGUGUUGGUUCUGUUGGAGUCCAGCAGACUCAGAUCUGAACGUUGAAUUCCUCCUAAAAUCAGAGGAAGGUUUGUUCCCCCUGCCUGGACCUCAGAGCGAGGGAAAGGCCAGAUUCCUGUGUGGGUGGAUACGGUCCGGGGUCUCUGCUCACGAGCAGAUCCAGCUUCCUGAUCCAAUGAGUGAGUCCGGCUCGCUGUCCUCUGACACGGGGAGGAUCCGGUCCAAAUAAGAGCUUCAGGGACAAUGGCUGUUCCUCUAUUUCCCACCUCUCCCAUUCAGGCAUUUCCUGAGCGCGUGCACACACACACACACACACACACACACACACACACACACACACACACACACACACACACACACACACACACACAGCUUCAUUGGUUCUGUUGUUAAACAGUCAUUUUGAAAAUCAUGGACUCACAUCUGAUCUCAUUAUCUGUGUGUCUUAAUCAGAGUUCUCAAACUCCGAUUAUAGUCGGACUAAAGUGUUUACAUGACCUUCAGUGGUCCGGUAUUGAUCGGAAUAAGGCGAUAUUUUGGGUUUCUCGAGUGUCAUGGAGGACGGAGACCCUGGACUGUGGAGGUCUCAGUUAAUCCAUGUUUGAGCUCCAGUCUUGAUGUGGUCUUGGUCGUAUGUUCAGACCUGCAGUUCUCAACAGUUCUCCUGUGCUGGUCUGGUUCUGGACCUUCUCUCUCCUCUGACCCGCUGGAGUAAAGACUGCACAGGUUUGGAGAAAUGCUGCGUCUGCACAGAAACCCGAGCUCAUUAGUCAUGAUGACAGACCAGGAGGAGUCCAGAAGACCUCUGGGUCUGCACACAGCAGCUGCAGUUCUGGUCCUGAAGGUGACUCUAAACACACCAGACCAUCAUCACGCUGACUUAGGCCUGAACGAUAUAUCGUUUGACUAUCGUCAUCGCGAUGUACGUGUGUGCGAUAGUCCCAUCGCAGAGCCUGCGAUAUUGGAGGUGAAUGAACUCAUUUAAUUUCAAGGGUAACCGACUGAGAUACACUCCAUGUGACUCUGCAUGUGCUGUGCAGCGAUCCACCAAUCACUUUCGUCCUUAACUCAGUUGCCAAUCAGACUCACUUCUCAGUUGCCAAUCAGACUACCCUGCCAGCUGUCAAUCAAAAUCAGAUAGGAGGAAACCCACCCCUGCACAUGUUCUGCACAUGGAGGGAGACGUGUGUCCGCUGAGAAUUACUUUCGGAACUUUACUCAUGACUAUUAAGCCCAACAGAUAAGAACUGUAUGGGUUUUAAAUUGUACAUUUCCGUGGACCACUCUACUAUAAGCAGUGCGCGUUUUGCGAGGUGCAUGCAAUUCUCGGAGGACAUGCGUUUCUCGGCACAACACCGCUAACAACAACAACAACGAUCGCAAAAUGAACAACGAACAAGCGAAAACCACCGAAAAUGAAGAUUUGUUGCCAAAAAGAAAAGGAAAGUCAGUUAUCUUGAAUUAUUUCGGUUAAAAGAAGGAUGAUGUCGACCAAAACACGUCUUCUGUGUUCAUCUGUUGCCACAAUAACGUCCCAGCACAAUAAAAGCUAAAAAAUAUCUCUGAGACAGACAGAAGCCGUUCUACUAACAUUCACAAAAAGAGGUAAGAUCAGAGCAGAUUAACUGUCCUCAAGAUUUCAGCAGUGCAGCAUAACAUUAAAUGCUAUUCAGGUCAUCUGGUGAAAAUUCCUGUAUUUUUAAUAUCGCAAUAUAUAUCGCAGGGUUGAAAAAAUCGCAAUAUUAUUUUUUUCCAAUAUCGUGCAGCCUUACGCUGACUGACGCUCUCCAUCGACCUUCACUCGUCUUUCAUGGACCUUUGUCUGCAGAGAGGAGUUUAGUCUGGGACUGAAGCGGUCUCUCAGUGACCCCUCCUCAUGCUGCAGGUUUUAGUCACUGUUGGUUCUUGAACUACACUGAUCCUGACUGAGAUACCCAACACUGCUCUACGGAGAAACACAGAUCCUGUAUGUUUUGGGCUUUAGUCCUCUUAUUGGACAUGAUGAAGGCAGACCUGUGUCUGUCUGUCUGUCUGUCUCCGUGUCCCUCAGGUACUUACACCUGUGAAGGUGUUUGCAUUCUCCUGGUCAGCAGGCGAGACAUAGAGCCUGUUUUAAACAAGGCUUUGCUCCUGAGCUGUAAAUCCUCCCUGCAGACUGAAGCCGGGCACCGCGGACGCCUUAACAGGAUUUCAGAGCUCAGUCAUAACCUUGUCAGAGUCUGCGGCGCUCUCAGGAUUCACCUCAUCAGUCAGACUCCUACUAUAAACUCUUGAUGAAGAGCCGGAAGACCUUCUGAGGAGAAGCUCAUGAAUAAACUUUCUAUGGAGGAAUCAGCUGCUGGUGUCUGACCACCGUAAACAUCUCUGCUCCUCUGAUAGGAGCUCCUGACCUCAUCAGUUUGUGUUCAUGACUGAAACAAAAGAUCUGUUCGCUCUGCAAAAAAGCAACAAAGGACGACGGUCCUGAACCCGGAGGCUGACAACAACAGAGGGUGUGUGUGUGUGUGUGUGUGUGUGUGUGUGUGCGCGUGUGUGUGUGUGUGUGAAUCAAUGCUGCACAUUACCAGGAUAGUUUGCAUGUGGAUACUGUAUGGAUGCACAGAUUACAGACACUCCAGAAGAGUCAGGACGCUGUUUUAGAUAAAGUUAAAAAAAGAGUCGACUCGUUUAAAUCAAGGUCACAUGAUCAAACCGUUUCAUUAAAAAAUCUCUGAUCAUCUUAAAUUUCAUGUUUUUAAAAAAGUUCUGUCAGGUUCUUGUUCCUCAUCCUCAGCUCUGUAGACCUUAGUGAACCCAGCAGAGAACAGGGUUCUGGUCCCAGUCUGGCCUGAAAGAGGAUUUCAGCUGCUCAACAGUUCAGGGUCUCCUUGGUCCUGGUUUUGGGGUUGUGAUGGUCCAAAUGUCAGGACCGCAUCAGUCCAGUUCCUCAGCAGGACUCUUUCUUCUUUUCUCUUUUUUCUUAUUUUCUGUGAAUUUCGUUCCUCCAUGAAGGUCGAACGGUUCCGGUCCGUUUCCUGGCUGUCAGCUCUGUAGAAUCAGCAGAAUCUUCUCUGUUGGCGUUGGUGAGAGACGCUCUGUCUCGCAGACUCUCAGCAGGUCCUCGUCUUAUCACUCGUGUUUUUCAUUAAAGACGACUUUGUCUGCUGGCGUGGCUCGGUGCCAGCGGACCUGCGAGCGCCGUUUCUCACCGUGUGUUUGGCUGCAGGAUAAAAUCUGAAGACAGGUUUAUUCCUCUGGGGUUCUGGCUGUCAUCUCCACCCCUGUCUGUCCUCAAACAGGCCCGUCUCUCUGCUCUGUAUCUCUCAGUAGGACAAAACAUGCAGCGCUGCCUCUAUUUCCAGAGAGAAGGAUUUUUCCAAACCGCCCACACACACACCGAGAACAUCGCGGUCAGAGCUCUGAUUCAUGCUGUUCAACGUAAACCUUCUUCUUCUUCUCUCAGACGGGAGUUUGAGGUCCUUCUUCAGCUUCACUCAGCAGCUCUGUGGAGUUUUACAGUUUCUGAUAAUCCGGACAACUGUCAGCUCCUUCCUCCUCCUGACCUCAGACUUCUGUCCGAGUGUCAUGGCAGACCCCGCUCUGGGAAAUAACACGUUGAUCUUUUCCCCAAACUCUUCCUUCCUUUUUAUCACCCCCCUGAUGACAACUAUCCCUCCUCACCUGCACACCAACCGGAGCUGAGGUCUUCCUGGUCAAACCUCCACCUUUGAAGGUUCUAUGCUGUAUUUUCUGACUGAGUUCGAUAGAAGGAUUUUCGCUGAUUCUCCAACAUGCAAACAAUAAAAAACAGACAUAAAUAAACAUGUAAUAUAUCAGCUGAUUCCGUCUGUCAGCUGUGCUUGUUUACAUCCAGUUAGUACAGCAUGAAGGCAGUAGAAACCAACCAGAGCUGCAGCGCCCCUAAUGAAGCUGCUGUGUGCGGUGAAUAAGUGAGGACAUGGUGACUCCUCAGAUCUAGGAGGAGAAAUGCAGGAGUAUGGGGUACCGGACUCCGUCACGGCUGUCCUCUGUGUCACCGGGUCUGUUCAGAACUUUUACGGGCAGAGUUUCUUGGCACAGCCAGGAUGUUGAAGGGGUCAGGUUCGGUGGCCUCAGGAUUGGGUCACGAUGUGGUCCUGUUGGCUUCAUCGGGCCGCGGCCUUCAGCUCUCACUGGAUCGGUUCGCAGCAGAGUGUGAAGCGGUGCGGAUGAGAAUCAGCACCUCCACGUGGAGGAGUUCAGGUAUCGUGGAGUCUUGUUCGGGAGUGAGGGAAGAAUGGAGCAGGAGAUGGACAGGCGGGUCGGUGCCGUGUCAGCAGUGAUGUGGACGCUGCACAGAUCUGUGGUGGUGAAGGAGGAGCUGAGCAGAAAGACAAAGCUCCAUAAAUGAAGAAAGAGCAAACUUCCUGUCAGCAUUAACGGACUUUUUAAUCCCUUUAACUCUCUGAUAACUCAGAACCAGAACCCUGAAAGGUUCAACGUAUUCAGGCCUCUGGGUCCAAAUCCUGUCCAGGACCAGGACAGUUUUUCUUCAGCGUGGAUCAGAGAUCAUCUUUAUAAUUUAACCAUCAGUGAAGUCUGUUUGUCAUUAAUAUGUUUGUCUGACUGUGAGAGAGAUCAGGAGAGCUGCUGCCUCUGCCCUGAUCUGAAAUCUCAGGAUUCAGCUGAUUUCUUGUCAUGUGGAGGAACAGGUUGAUCUCCGUAGAGACUGGAGGGUUCUGGACGAGUUCAUGCAUGUAAGCCCACGUGACUCUGGUCUCCUCUGAUUGUAAAGCAGCUCUCAGGUUCUGACUGAAACGGGUCGAACUUUAGAAAACUGUAGAAAAGACCUUUAAGGAUCCAGAACUCUGGCCUUUAGUGGUCCCUGUUUAUGGUCUUCAUGACACCAUACCUGUGCAGUGACAGUACUGGGCUUUCUGUUCUGUUCUGUAAGGUUCUGUUCUGUUCAGUUCUGUUCUAUCCGGUUCUGAUCUGUAUCUAAGGACAUGUUUUAGAUCUAUCAACGCUGAGUCAGCUGUCAGGUCGACCUGGAGGAUUUCUGCUGACUCACCAAAGUGACAGUUUCCUGUUUUGUCGGUUUUGUGUCAUGGUCCAAAGGUUCCUGAUGUGUGGGGGUCUGGUCUGGACUUUCUCCAUAGAUCCUGAUCUCAGCUGGAUUUGUUGUUCAGGCUGGACUCUGGAGCUCUUCAUGGACAGAAACUACAGUCAGGAGGGUCCAGAUCUCCUCAGACGGCACCAGUCCAGUUUGAGUCCUGCUGAAAGGGUUAAACCUCUGUUUGGUCUCUGUUUAACUCCAUCACGACGUCUGCCCCCCCCCAGCUUAAGGCCUCAUCCCCUCCCAAAAUGUGGAGUAUUGUCUUUAGAUUUUUGAGCGGAGGACACCAUCUGUUGUUCUGUGUGAUGAUGAGAAAUGUCUCUGCUGCGGCAGAUUAAAGGAGAGGUCAGUAAUUUUGUCUUCAUAUCAGACCGACUCAGUUUGGACUCAGUGUCUGUCUGACCCUCAAGGACUCAUCAGAACCUUAAUGUAAAGGUGUCUGUCAGAUCUGAAGAGCUGGGUUUUCAGCGUGUGAUCGGGCUGAAGUCAACAGAGACGGAAACCAGAGAGACAAGAAUCAGAGAGACAAGAAUCAGAGAGACAGGAGUCAGAGAGACAAGAAUCAGAGACAGAAACCAGAGAGACUGAAAUUUAAAGAGACAGGAGUCAGAGAGACAGGAGUCAGAGAGACAGGAGUCAGAGAGACAGGAGUCAGAGAGACAGGAGUCAGAGAGACAGGAAUCAGAGAGACAAGAAUCAGAGAGACAAGAAUCAGAGAGACAAGAAUCAGAGAGACAGAAAUCAGAGAGACAGGAAUCAGAGAGACAGGAGUCAGAGAGACAGGAAUCAGAGAGACAAGAAUCAGAGAGACAGGAGUCAGAGAGACAGGAAUCAGAGAGACAAGAAUCAGAGAGACAGAAAUCAGAGAGACAGAAAUCAGAGAGACAAGAAUCAGAGAGACAGGAAUCAGAGAGACAGGAAUCAGAGAGACAGGAAUCAGAGAGACUGAAAUUUAGAGAGACAGGAAUCAGAGAGACAAGAAUCAGAGAGACAGGAGUCAGAGAGACAGAAACCAGAGAGACAAGAAUCAGAGACAGAAACCAGAGAGACUGAAAUUUAGAGAGACAAGAAUCAGAGAGACAGGAGUCAGAGAGACAAGAAUCAGAGAGACAGGAGUCAGAGACAAGAAUCAGAGAGACAGGAGUCAGAGACAAGAAUCAGAGAGACAGGAGUCAGAGAGACAAGAAUCAGAGAGACAGGAGUCAGGGUCAGAACCCCCACCUGCCCCGCAGUCCUUAUUCAGGACAUUAAAGUCCAAACAGCGUUGGUCCAUCUGCCACAUAAACCUGAUCUUUGGGUCUAAAGUGGCUCAGAGCAGACCACCUGAGUUCACCUGUUCAGUCCGAUGUCUCUGAGUUAUCGUGUCCUCACCGUCCUCACCGUCCUCACCGUCUUCACCGUCCUCACCGUCCUCACCGUCUUCAUUGUCUUCACUGUCCUGAAGGCUGAAUUCAUUUAUGACCGUUUGUUAAAGCUCUUUGUAAACCUCUGUUUUUAAAAGUGCUCUCAAAAUAAAGUUAUGAUUAUUAUUAUUAUUGUUCCAGAGUGUGCUGGUCCUGACCUGUCCUAACCGUGUCCCCGUCUCUGUGAAGUGAAACUUGGAUGACUGUAGUUGAGGACGAUGGCGGUGGGUGGCGUGGGCGUGGAUGUGAACAUAAGGAGGUUUUUUCUGCCUCACCACUUGAUUGAAAAUCUAAAAAUAAGAAGUGAAAUAAAGGAAAUAAAGUCCAGGUUAUUAGAUUCUCUCUCUGGAAGAUUCGCCUGAUUUUCCUGUCGAAGAAUUCAGCAGCAGAAAUAAGCGAAGGAGCGCGGCGGCGGCGGCGGCGUCUUCUGUUGGACUGAAUUAUACAAGGAGUCAUGAACAAAUAAUGGAGUUAUGAAGGAACAAAGCGCCGCUGCUUCCCUCAGCCUGCAGAGAAAAGCUGUUUUUCUGUCACAUAAGAGCCCGCUCCACACAUGGCUGCCACCAGAGCGCCGUGUCAGAGCGCCGUGUCACAGCAUGCUUUAUUCAAAGGCCGUGAGUGGAUUCACGUCUACAGCCGAGGCUACAAGAAGUCGUAGAUGGAAAGCAUUAAGAGCAUGACUGGAAGUCCUCAGAGGAGCCUGGAAGCCCCCCAGCUGGUCCCAAACAUAGACACUGACUUUUUCAUUCAGCCCGCUGUUACAUCACCGUCCGCCAUCCUCCACUUUCCCCGCUUUGUGCCUCUACAAUGGCUGUGCAGCGACCCGAGGGCCCGGGGCCGGCGAAACACCGAGCAGAGCGCCGACCGAGAGUGGAGGAGAAGGAGGAGGAGGAGGAGGAGGAGACAAAAGUGUGUUUCUGUUGAGGCAGCAUAUCGUUCAGGUCAGAGGGGUCCACGCACGCACGCACGCCGUGUCCCCGCCGUGCACCAUCAUCUGCAGACUACAUCUACAGAGUGAUUGUUCCUUCUCCAGCUCAGACCCUAAACCUGAUCCUGAUCCUGAUCCUGAGUCUGGGGAUCUCAGAUGUGGGUUCUCCUGAUGCCGGAUCACUGAAGCACAGAGUCUGAGGAAGAGGUUUCCUCCACAACUGGACUCCAGAAGAACCUGCAUGAGGCCCAGUGUGUGUGUGUGUGUGUGUGUGUGUGUGUGUGUGUGUGUGUGUGUGUGUGUGUGUGUGUGUGUGUGUGUGUGUGUGUGUGUUUGAGAGCUGGCCUGACUCAGGGGAGGCUGAGGUCACAGAGGGGCUAACAUAAAGGAUUAUCCUCUGUGUGUGACUCUCCUCCCUGACUUCCACUCCUGCUGUCCGUCCCUAAUCCCCCCCCAGCUGAUUUGAUUUCCUCUCAUGUCCCAGCGUUAAUACAGGUGGGCCGGGCGACUAAAACCCAGAGAGAGAGAGAGAGAGGGAGAGAGAGAGAGGGAGAGAGAGAGAGAGAGAGAGAGGCUCAGCAGAGUCAUGCUAACACCGCCGUCUCCCUCAGACUGUGAAGAUGCUGGCUGUCGCUCCCCUGACAUCACCCUCUGAGUUGAUAGCUGAUAUGAAGCUGGAAGUGACCAUAUUUGGGCAUUUCGUGGUUUAAGUCAUCACUCAGUUCGUUUACAGUCUCAGUUUAAUCAGAAUAAACUCAUAAUUCGUCUUUUUCUCUGAAUCAGACUUCUCUCCUCGUCCUCGUUUACAUGCAGCUGAGAAAACUGAAUUAUUGACGUGAACGUGUCCUCCUCCCCAACACUAGGGGGCGAUGUGGGUCUUUUCAGUGGCGAACUCUACUCCUGGUGUUUUUGUUCUGGGGUUACGGGGGCGUGGCUCACAUGCAUUGUCCGAUCAUACUCCGACUUCGCUGGUUACAUGGUAGAGAAAUAUUUCAUUAUCUGUGUGUCUUAAUCAGAGUUCUUAAACUCCGAUUAUAGUCGGACUAAAGUGUUUACAUGACCUUCAGUUGUCCGGUCUUAAUCGGAAUAAGGCGAUAAUUCGGUUUUCUCGAGUGUCAUGGAAACGGACUGAAACGUCAUAUUUGGUGGAGCAGCUCUGCUCCUGCACAUGUGUGGAGGGGCGGAGCCUGAGGAUGGGAGGGAACGCCCCCCUCAGUUUUAUCAACACAGAGGCAGGAGGAGCAGCAGCAAAGACCCCUCCCUCUGUGUGGACUGCAGCAGAGAGCCUCGUGUGGACACUUUAGGAACUGUAUUUUUGGUGUCUGUUUAAUCUCAGGGUGGUUUCUGUUCAGCUGCUAAAGUCGGGUUCAGACCUGAGUAACUCGGAGCAGUGACGUGUUUUUACUCUCCAGUGAGAGGCGCUCUCACACACCUCUGUCCUGUUGUUAGCGCUGUAAGGGACGGAUGGAGCAGCAGAGAGAAGAUCCUGCAGUCGAACCCUCAGGCCUCUUAUCUCAGUCAAAUAUUUGAGCACAGCUGUCGGAGUGUGCGCUCUGAUAAGUGAUUGUGUUUGUCCGGAGCUGAUAAACCUGAAAGGAUUUGUAGCUGCUGAGUGUCAUCCCCACAUGAACCUUCAGAGUGAACGUCUGCUCGGUUACAGCUGCUAACGUUUACAGGAAUCACAUCUCAGAUGUUGAUAUGAAAGUCAAACUGUGAAUGUGUUUGGUUGGUUGUUGUACAUGUUUACAGAGACAGUGAUGGGCGGGUCCAGUCUGAUAUAGACACGGACAGACGUGCUGAUGGAGGAGGUCUUUGUGAUUAAGGUUGACGAGAACUUCUCUGACUCCUUCUGAAGUUCUUCUCCUCACUGUUGUGUGGAUUCAGGGACCAGCAGCAGACUCUCUCUUCACCUGACGGCCUGUCUUUGCUUUAAAACCUGUAAAGGUCAACAGUGAGUGACGGCGGUCCGGCCGCUGACUGGGACGCUCUAAUGGGCUUAGAUGGAGCAGCGGUCCUCAUGCAGCUGUGUGUGAUUCCAUGUAGGCUAAACCUAUUAGCUGAGUGCUCAGGCAGCCGCGGUGCAUCGAUAACCCUUCAUUUCCACACCCUACUACACUUCACUCACUGCUCCACGCCGCUCAGGGAUGAUGUCAUCCAGAGGAAGGUUUGAACGCCAGCUGUGAUGAACAUGCACAGGAGCUGCUUCACAAUCAGAAAACUGAUCGAUCAAUGAGGAGAUCACCAACUCAGACUCUGCUCCGACUCCUGACAUGAUUCAUGUCGGUGAGGAACCUUAGAGAAGAAGGAGCUCAGGGCCUGAGGUGGACAACCAUGCAGCGGGGGUCAGGCAGGUCCACAGCAGACCGUCUGGACCAUCAGUCCAGAGGAACCUGGGAGACUCUCAGAGAGACCUGGUUAAUAACGAGCUGGAAGAAUCUGAGAUCAUGGACUGAUGGUGAUCAUGAGGAUCAGUAAAGCGGGUCUGUAGCGGUCCUGACCUGAUCAGAGGAGUGACGCAGACUGUGUGUCUCCCCCCCGGGGGCUCUUAUCAGCUGGGAAACAGACAGAGAAGUCCACCUUAUCUCUGCUCCUCACCGCCUGGUUUACAGAAAUGUUGUUCUGCAGCCAGCCGUAAAGAUCCUCCACCCACCCACUCACCGUCUCUCUGUGUAAAUAAAUAAAUAAAUGAAUAUAUGUGCAGUGAUGAGGUUUCUGCCUUGUUGUGGUUGUUUGGCAGCAGUGAUCCCCUCAGGCUCUCUGUGGGAACGUGGAGAUGACAUGGUUUAUAUCGAGGAUUAAUGAAUCUUUCAAGGGGCUUCGUUUCUAUCCUGAGUGUGUGCCAGUGUGUGUGUGUGUGUGUGUGUGUGCCAGUGUGCGUGUGUAGGUUAGCCCAUCCCUGUACAUCAGUAAUCACAAACACACAGCUGAACCCUGUCAGAGUAGAAGGACAAAAACAUGAUGAGGACAUGUUCUCCGUCAUGAGGAGCACCGUCGUAUCUCAGCGGGUUUCUCUGCUGAAAAUAAAACCUCAAUAAGACGUCUGAGGUACGACUGCAGGAAACGGCCUCGUGUUUUUAUUUUCACUGGAAGCGUCUUGGUAUUUGGCGAUAUACUCAGAUAGUACAUCUUAAAUCUCCUGAUCUCUUCCUCCUCGUCCGUCACAGUGAAGUGAGGCGGUAAACACCUCCUUUAGACUCCUCUGGUCUGGCUGGACGAUCCUCCAUGUUGACUCUCAGAUUACUCGUAUUUCCCCGAGUCAUAUUGUUUAGUCGUUGGUCCAGCACCUUUUCUCUUUGCUCAUGUCUGCUGUGGAAGGUCUCCACAGGCCGGAUAGAGGAGCUGCUGGGAGGUCCGCAGCUUCAGUCUGGUCGUUCUCCCAGCCUUAUUCUAUUAUUUUAUGUUUUUUGUGUUGUACAUACUUGUAUAUUGAAGAUCUGUAUACACAUUGCAUAUUUUGAUUAUUUUUUUAUUUUACUUAUUUAAUCUAUUUAUUUAUCUCGUCUUUCUACUUAAUUUGCACUGGAGUUACUGUAACAAAAAUCACUUUCUCCCUGAGCUUUAUUAAAGGAUUUCUGAUUCUGAAAGAGAGUAAAAGUGUGCUCUACCCGCCUCACAGAGAACAAAGGUGUGCUCUACCUGCCUUAAAGAGAGUAAAGGUGUGCUCUACCCGCCUCACAGAGAACAAAGGUGUGCUCUACCUGCCUUAAAGAGAGUAAAGGUGUGCUCUACCUGCCUCACAGAGAACAAAGGUGUGCUCUACCUGCCUUAAAGAGAGUAAAGGUGUGCUCUACCCGCCUCACAGAGAACAAAGGUGUGCUCUACCUGCCUUAAAGAGAGUAAAGGUGUGCUCUACCUGCCUCACAGAGAACAAAGGUGUGCUCUACCCGCCUCACAGAGAACAAAGGUGUGCUCUACCUGCUGCCCCCCCCCAGGUUUUGGUAUUUCAGAUGUGCCGAUGGCAAACCUCAGAAAAAUCGUUCCUUUUGACAAAAGUAGUCGUCUCUGACUGACUCUUUGGUUUUGUAUUAUUGUGAGUCUGAGACGGUCUGCAGACUCUCUCUCUCUUGAUAUUAAAGAGACCUCCUCCUCCUUCUCGGUUUGUUUUUCUCGUCUUGUUUUGUCGAGCUGCGGUUCAGUCCUGGUACCUGACAUCAUCUUGUCUGCGCUUCUUUCCGGCGCCUCUCUCAGUCUCCGAUCGAUAGAAGACGUCUUUCUCCUCGCGCCGCUCCAACGAUGCUCUGCGGCGUGAAGUGGGCGAGCUUUAAUGUGCGAGCUGUUUGAUAGCUGUUUCUGAUGUGUGACAGGCUGUUGGAUCUGUCUAUACGCUGUAAACGUUCCCAACAUUAUCCUGUUCUUGACGUGCGUCCUCCCCUCUCAGUUUAUCGCCCUUUUCCUGUGUGAGCCGUGUUCGCAGAGCGAUUAGUGCGUUUUAGGACACCUGGUCUGUGGUUGAUCGGGUGGCGAAGUGAGCUGACGCUGGGCAGGAGGACAGGAACACGGUGGCAUCGGGCCAGAACAGAUGGUCACAAGUUUGAGUGUCAACACAACAGAGUGGCGGGCAGGAGUGCAGCUCACACCUCUGUCUAAGAAUAAAACCCCUGGUUCCCUAGGUGACCCCCUCAGCGCCUGCAGCCUUUUUAAUUACAUGUGAGUCUGCAGAGAGAGAGAGAGGGAGAGAGAGAGAGAGAGAGAGAGAGAGGGAGAGAGAGAGAGAGAGAGAGAGAGAGAGAGAGAGAGAGAGAGAGAGAGAGAGAGAGAGAGAGAGGGAGAGGAAGAGGAAGAGGAGAGAGAGAGAGAGAGAGAGAGAGAGAGAGAGAGAGAGAGAGAGAGAGAGAGAGAGAGAGAGAGAGAGAGAGAGAGAGAGAGAGAGAGAGAGAGAGAGAGAGAGAGAGAGAGAGAGAGAGAGAGAGAGAGAGAGAGAGAGAGAGAGAGCUGAAGAUGUUGUUACCCUCACCCUCACCCCCCCGUCUGAACGGUGACUCAUCCUCACCAAACGGCGUGCUGGAUUCACUGACUACCUCCGAACAUUUCAUUACUCCGACCUCCAACAGAGGAGCGUUUCUUCUACAUGUGAGUGAAGUCAUGAAGCAGCAGAGUGGACCUUCAGAACCCGUCCCAACAGAACUCUCACAGGAACGCUCGGGUCCUGACUCUUCUCCGUGGUUAAAACGGGAUUGUUAGAGAAAGACGUGUUCGCUGCUCGGUUAAACCUUCAGUUAGAGACGGUCUAUUUCCUGCUGCAGAGGUAGUUUCACAGUAAACAGAUGAAUGAAGGGGAGGGGCAUGAACCUCCAUCAGGACCAGGACCCCAGUGACAGUUUCGCUGUAAACAGUCUCUCUUCACUCUGGUUUCCUGUCGUCUAUACAGAGUCUCAGUUUCUCUGUAAACAGUCCCAGUUUGGUGUAACUUUUUCUCUCUUUGUCGUUGUUUCCUCGAACCUCUCUCCUGUUUCUUCCUGUUUGAUCAGUUGUGUUUUUAUUUUGUAUAUCUGAGUAUGAACUCCCUCUUUGUUAAAGUCUUGAAGUCUCGCUGGUUUAGGGUGAACAAACUCAGUCUUGUGUCUUUAGUCCUGAACCAGGUCUUCUCCGGUGUAGUCGAGGUCUCUCUGCUCGGACUUGUUGAGUUUCUGUGAAUCAUUCUUGAUCCGGGAGCGUCUGAAUGAAAGCAGAGAGAGUUUGAGAGAAAAGUGUGUGUCUGGAUGUUUUUGUGUUUGCUUUGUCUUCCCUCCUCCUCCUCCUCCUCCUCCUCCUCCUCCUCCUCCUCCUCCUCUUUGGCUCACACUCAUCUCUCUUUAAUGCAGCAGGACUGGAGGGAAAGUGGGUCAGGAGGAGGAAGCUGGAGCAGACUUGGCCGUAGUGCUGUUGACUUUUGGACGAGUGUUUUACAGUAGAGGGGGGUGUUGGUGAGAAGGACGAGGAGGUUUCUUUUAAAGGUUGUUGAUGGUUUUAAACUCCUGAAGGAGGUGUUGGACACAGAUCUGCUCCUGUCCUGGAUCAGAGAGGCCUGAGGGUCGAAAGGAGGAACUCUGUGACCUCCACCACAGUCGCAGAUAGAAGAACAACUUCAGGACUCUUCUCUCAUGAAGUUUCAGUCAGGUUUCUCCCCCCCUCCCUCUGUGUCCUCCUCCCUCUGUGUCCUCCUCCUCCCUCGGUGUCCUCCUCCUGAACAGAUGUCAGUGAGUCAGUGAAAAUGUGCAGCAGCUCGCUGAAUCAGAGCUGACACCGAGCUUUUCCUGCAAACAUCUGCAGCGGGUCACCGUCCAGGGAGGGUUCGAUCUACCUGAGCUUCAGAGGUCUCUGUUGAGGGGUGAAGGUGUCUGAAGGUGGAGGUGUGGAGGGAGAGGGAGAGGAAGGAGAGCAGAGACAGGAAUGUCUCCGCUCUUAAAAUAGUCCCAAUAAAUCGUCUUUAUGAGGUUGACUCUCACUCUGACCCUGAUCCGCUCACUGAAGGUUCGUCACCUUCAUUAUUUUAUUUUAUAGACGAGAGAAAAGAGACAAAAAAAAAGUGUUUAAAUUUAUAACAAAAGUAAUAAAAGGAGAUAAAAACCAGCUGUGAAGAAGAGAGACUGAAUGAGUUUAUAACUAAUGAUUCAAACAGCAGUAAUAAUCAACCAUCAGGUACCUGUGCAGGUAAACGGGUUCAACAUUUAAACCUGAAGUACAUGAUCCUUCAAAAUAAAAGCCUCUCUCACAGUUUCAGGGAUAUCGGAUUAAAAAACUGUUUUCUUGUUUGGCGGUUGAUGAUGUCAUUAUUUCUCCGUAAAUGACCACGAAUCCUGACUCCAACCUCAGCAGGGGUCCGUUCAGACCUGGACCUGCGUGUUUCCUGUGGUUCCUGUGGUUCUUCAGACCUCUAAAGCAGUAAGGCGGUCCUGAUCUUCUCUAACUGUGGUUCUCCUGCUCUUCUUCUCCACACAGACUCUGCAGCCUCACUCUGAAGAAGCUGGUGGUCCUCAAAGAGCUGGAUAAAGAGCUGAACUCCUUGUCGAUAGCCGUCAAAAUCCAGGUGAGUCUGAAAAGACCGACACACCUGAUCAGAGUCUGGGGGGGUCAGGGUUCCUGAGGUGUUUGUGACUUGACCCUUGAUUUUAGUGACGGUUAAAAACCUCCAGAGUUUUAGAGUUUAGAGAGGAACAUCUGAAUGAUUUGAUCUCUGAGGACCUUCAGCCGUUCUUCAGACUCAGCUUCAUGUUUGUUGUGUUUCCUCUUCGCCGUAACCGGAGCAACAACCGUCACCCCGUCCUCCAGCAGGUAUUCAGAGUGUUCCUCCAGCUGACGGCAGGAGAACCGAUCUGCUGCUGCUCAGACCAGAGUCUGUGAGAGAGACGGCUGAGAGGUUGUUUUAGCUGCUGAAGCCCCGCCCCUGACGGCGACCUCAUGUUUAUGUGUUUGUGUGCGAAAACUUGAGCGGCGAGAGAGAAGAACCAACUCCAGAGAGGAGAGUGACCCAUAAAAAAGGUCUUUUAAGAGCUGAUGGAACAUCUAGACUUAAACAUCUAUAUUUUCAUAGACAGUGAAGAGGUGUUUGUAAGAGAGGAACAUCUAGACUCAAACAUCUAUGUUUUCAUAGCCAGUAAGUGAUGGUUUGGUAGAGCGCCUCCUGAAGGUCUUUGGAGGUUUAAAAAAUAAACGUUCCUCUGUCUGCUGCUCUAUCUCCUCUCUCUCUCUCUCUCUCUCUCUCUCGCUCUCUCUCCCCCCCCCCCUCUCUCGCUCUCUCUCUCUCUGUCUCUCUGUCUCUCUCUUUUCCCCUUUCUCUCUCUCUCUCUCUCUCUGUCUCUCUGUCUCUCUCUUUUCCCCUUUCUCUCUCUCUCUCUCUCUCCCCCUCUCUCUCUCUCUCUUUUCCCCUUUCUCUCUCUCUCUCUCUCUCCCCCUCUCUCUCUCUCUCUUUUCCCCUUUCUCUCUCUCUCUCUCUCUCUCUCUCUCUCUUUCCCCUUUCUCUCUCUCUCUCUCUCUCUCUCUCUUUUCCCCUUUCUCUCUCUCUCUCUCUCUCUCUCUCUCUCUCUCUCUCUCUCCCCCUCUCUCUCUCUCUCUUUUCCCCUUUCUCUCUCUCUCUCUCUCUCCCCCUCUCUCUCUCUCUCUCUCUCUCUCUCUUUUCCCCUUUCUCUCUGUCAUGACCCGGCUCAAAGGCCAUGAAAAAGAUUGCGAGGCGUACGGGUUUAAACUUAAAACGGAAGAUUUAUUAACAACAAAGAUUAAGUAAAUAAUUGAAUACCCAAGAAAAGAACUAAACUAACAAAGCUUCUAAACUAAAACAAAACAUUGUGCCACGAGGAUCACUGCCGUGGUGCGCAGCGGAGGAGGGAGAGAGAUACACUGAUCCUUGAUGAGGGCUUUUAACACCUGGUGGAAUGGCCAGAUCCACGCAGGUGUGGCCAAGCCCACUCACCAACCUGCCAGGGAGAGAGAAAAGACAAAGAACAACAGCAAACCCUGGAGGCCGGAGGCCAUCACAGGCAGGAGGCCGUCACACCCCCCUCCAUAAAAACGGGGCUCCCAUCCCCGGAACCAUAAACAAUCCCUCUGAAAACAAGGUUCACUUGUAACUUACUAGUUGAUUGCAAAACAAGAGAAAAACAUUUAACUUUUUUUUUUUUUUAAUCAUUAUUAUCAAUACUAUGUACUUAAACAUUACUUUACAAAACUUACCCAGGCUCACAAUAUCAUUUUACUCUCUUCAAGAAAACUUACCCAAUGCUCAUUAUUUAUAUCCCCAUCCUGACCUGCAUGACACCCCUCCCACCUCAGCAACCUGGUACCUAGGAGCAAUUUAAGAGGGGGGAAACGAGGGAAACAAGUUGCAGAAAGAGUACAAAAAAACAAAAAACAUGGGUAACUCACACGGCUACAACACUACACAGGUGCUCUGGACAAGGCGUCUGCCACCACAUUGUCAGAACCCUUGAUGUGUCUAAUGUCCAGCCAGUGCGACUGGAGAUAAAGUGACCACCGGACUAAUCUUUGAUUUGGAAACUGUAACGUAUUUAAAAAAACAAGCGGAUUAUGAUCAGUAUAAACCACGAUAGGCACCAACCCGGACCCCAGAUACACAUCAUAAUGUUUCAGAGCCCACACUAAGGCCAAGGCUUCCUUUUCAAUGGUCGAGUAAUUGAGUUGGUAGGAAUUAAACUUUUUUGAGAAGAAACUCACUGGCUUCUCAAUCCGAAAAUCAUCCUUCUGUAAUAACACCGCCCCCACCCCCACGUGACUCGCGUCAACCUGAAGCGCAAACGGACGGUCAAACCUGGGGGCAGAAAGGAUAGGCGCGUUACACAAUACUGAUUUUGCCCUGUCAAACGCCAGUUGACACACGGGAGACCACACAAAGACCGCGCUUGCCUUUAACAAGUCUGUUAAUGGAGCAACUACCUCCGAGAAGUUUCUGCAGAAACAUCGGUAAUAACCUACAAGACCUAAAAAACGCAUAAGCUCUUUUUUAGUCGAGGGUACCGGAUAACUUGCCACUGCUUUUAUUUUUUCUUCAACAGGACGUACCGCACCCUGCCCCACAACCCUACCAAGAUAAGUCACUGUCGCUUUGGCAAACUCGCAUUUGGCGAGGUUGACGGUGAGACGUGCCUCAGCCAAACGACUAAAUAACUUCUCAAUUCGCUCAACAUGCGAAGACCACGUGUCAGAAACAACCACAACAUCAUCCAGGUAGACUGUGCAGCCUUCCAAAUCUCCCAAGACCCUUGUCAUAAGCCUUUGGAAGGUUGAAGGGGCAUUACGAAGCCCAAAAGGCAUUACCUUAUAUGAAAACAAACCAGUCGGAGUGAUAAAUGCCGAUAACUCACGCGCACGCUUGGACAAAGGGACUUGCCAAUAACCUUUCAAAAGGUCAAACUUGCUCACAUAUUUGGCAUGGCCCACCUGAUCGACACAGUCCUCCAUACGGGGAAGAGGGAAGGAAUCCGGCUUUGUAACAGCGUUUAAUUUUCUAAAAUCAGAACAAAACCUGGGCGUGUUAUCUGAUUUUGGAACCAAAAGGCAAGGCGACGCCCAACUUGAAGAGGAGGGUUCAGCUAUUCCGUUUUCAAUCAUAUAUUUUAUUUCAGCAUCCAUGUAUUUACGUUUUUCGGGGUUCACCCUAUAGAAUCUUUGCCUGAUUGGCUGCGCAUCUCCAACAUCGAUGUCGUGCUCAAUCAAGUGUGUCCGUGUGGGUGCGUCACUGAACAAGCCCGGGAAAGAUUUUAUUACCCGACACAAAUCUGCCUGUUCUGACUCUGCUAAAUGCCCCAAGAGGACGUGUAAAUUCCUCAGGGACUCCGAGUUGUUUAGGCGGCCUUGAAGGACAGCGGUAUCAACACACGGCAAACCAUCCUCCACCUCAGCGGACACCGACUGUGGGGGAUAAACAGUGGACACUCUCCCCACCAAACAAGCGGGAUGCGCACCAGCUGGGACAGGCUCUUGGGAAGCACCUGAAACACGAGCAUAAUAUGGUUUUAACAAAUUCAAAUGGCACAGUUGGACUUUUCGCCUUCGCUCAGGUGUCGAAAUAAGGUAAUUGUUUUCCGAUACUUUUUUCGUCACUUUAUAAGGCCCAGAAUACUUAGCCUGAAGUGGCGAAUUCACCAGCGGCAACAAAGCUAAAACUUGGUCUCCCAUACUAAAAACACGAUGUUCAACACGCCGGUCAUAGAGCCUUUUCAUCUUGUCCUGAGCUGCGGUUAAGUUUUCCUUUGCCAAUUCACCAGCAGCAUACAGUCUAUGACGGAACCCAUUUACAUAGUCGAUAAGAUUUUUCGGUGCAUCUGCAACCUUCCACUCAUCGUAAAGAACCUUCAGUGGACCACGCACAACGUGACCAAACACUAACUCAUUGGGACUGAAACCAGUGCUCUCCUGCGUUACCUCUCUAGCCGCCAGCAUUAACCAUGGUAAUCCUUCCUCCCAAUCUCUAUCAAACUGAACGCAAUAAGAGCGCAGCAAUGAUUUUAAUGAUUGAUGGAAACGCUCCAAAGCUCCCUGACUCUGAGGAUGAUAAGCAGAGGCUUUGUUGUGCUUAAUAUGGAGCUGUUUCAACACUUGAGCAAAGAGAUUGGAGGUAAAAUUUGACCCUUGAUCAGACUGGAUCACUUUUGGAAUGCCGAAAAUGGAAAUGAAUUGUGACAGCGCGCGCACUACUGAACGCGCAGUGAUCGUGCGCAAUGGAUACGCCGCAGGGUAACGGGUGCUUUGGCACAUGACAGUCAACAAAUAUACCGCACCAGAACGAGAGCGAGGGAGUGGCCCGACACAAUCAACGAUGAGGUGAUCAAACGGCUGAUUUACUGCAGGAAUCGGGAGCAGAGGAGCAGGUGUAAUUUUCUGAUUCGGUUUUCCCGUGAGUUGACAGGUGUGACAUGUUUUAAUAUAAGACGCUACAUCUGUCUUAAGUCGCGGCCAAAAGAACUGCCUCAGGACCCGGUCGUAUGUUUUUCCCACUCCCCAGUGUCCCGAUUGGUCAUGAGCAAGUUUUAACACCGACUCCCGGAAUUUAUCAGGCACAACGACUUGAAUAACGGGAUCUCCAACGAAAUCUUUCCCAUGAGGCAUCCAUUUCCGGACCAACAGUUCAUUGUGUAAAAAAUAACCCCAGGAAUUAUUUUCUACCUCGUCUUCAGGCAACACCAUGUCAAACAACCCUUUCAAAGAAGAAUCUGCCCGCUGCUCCAACUUCAACUCCUCCUGCGAGACCGAGAGAGGGACAUCAGACAGAGAAAACGGAACAAACUUGGAUUUCUCACCUCUACUCUUUGCAGCCUCCGAGCUUAACUCGGGAGUGUCACGUGUCAUUGAGCGAGUGACUGCACACGCUGUAAAAACUUCAGGAAGACUGCUCUGAUUCUCAUCUGGUUGUCUUUUCACCAGCAGAACAACAGAUACUACUGGUGGCGGCGGAGCUGGAGCAUCAGCCCAGACACGUCCACCUGCUACACCGUUACCCAAAAUCAGGGUGAUGCCCUCAAUUGGAAGCGCAGGUCGCACACCGACCGUUAUCUGCCCCUGAAAGAGAUCGGAAUAAAGCAACAUCUUGUGCAGUGGAACUUUCAUGACAGUCAUUCCCAUUCCAACCACCGGAAUAAAACUCCCAGUGUGACUUUUUUCAGAGAAUGGCAACACAGAAGCCUGAAUGAACGAAUCAAAGGCAGCUGUAUCACGCAAUAUUUUGACAGGAACUUUUUCAUCACUUCCCACCAAAGAGACAUGACCAUUUGAGACAAAAGGCAAGAAUGAUUCGAGCUCUCCAGGUACAGCUUUACCCUUGUCACAGAUUCCCAACUGCCCCGUAAGUAUUCUUGGCUUCGAAACAGCGAGACAUGCCGCUUUAGGCUGCCCCGCAGCUCCACUCUGUUUGUUUUUAGAUUGUAGUGCAAAACAGUCCACUUUAAAAUGUCCUCUUUUGUGACAGUAGUUACAUAUUUUAUCAGCCUUGCUCGCCUCAUGGCCUUUAAAGUCCAACUUCCCUACAGGAAGAUUGUAACUCCCCGCACCGGCAUCCGUGCGCUCACUCAAACUGGACCUGUGAGCGCGCAUCUCUCCAAAAGAGCGUCUGUGCGCUAACACAUACUCAUCAGCGAGCCUAGCGGCUUUAUUUACAUUUUCGACAUCGUGAUCAUUAAUGUGCUGUGCAAUAUUCUCUGGAAGAGAACUUUUAAAUUGCUCCAAAAUUACCAGGUCGCAUAAAUCCUCAAAGCUCUCGAUUUUUAACGCGGAACACCAUCGCGUAAAGUGACAAAUUAAAUCCCGAGCAAACUCUAAGUAUGUUUGUUUAUCAUUCUUUUUCCAUGAACGAAAACGUUGGCGAUAGGCUUCAGGGACAAGCUCAUAAACUUUUAAUACAGCAGAUUUUACUAAUUGGUAAUUUUGGCUGUCUGACGCGGACAGGGCUGAAUAGGCUUCUUGUGCUCUGCCGGUCAGCGCGCACUGCAACAUUAACGUAAAAACAGAUUCCGGCCACUUUCUGGACUCGGCAACGCGCUCAAAUAACGAAAAAAAUGUCUCCGGUUCUCUCUCAUUAAAUUUUGGCAACAGUCUCAAAUUUCCCAAAACAUCAAAACCAUCAGGAGAACACGAGGAGGCAUCCAAACCCCCAGAACCAUCUCCGACUAACCUACCGCUUUUAAUUAAAUCCAUCUGAUUCUGCUGUAGUUGGAGUUUUGUCUGCUCAGUUUGAAAUCGCAACCUCUCAAUAGCCAACUGCGUAUCCGUUUCCACUUGUUUUAAUUUAUCACGCUCUAAUUGCAACAUCAUCAUUUCUUUUUGCUGCUCAAAGGUGAAAUUCGUCGCUGCAACAGAUGGAGAAUCAACUGCACCGGGAGGAUCGGUCGCCAUAACACCCAUCUCAUCCAAAUUUGCUUUUAAAAUACUUUUAAUUGUGUCCUUUAACCGCCUGUCGGAUAUUUCGAUUUCAAAAUGAUCUGCAAUCUUAAGCAGCUGUUCCUUGGUGCAUUUAUUUAAUAACUCGCUCGAAGGAGCCGCAACGAAGUCAGAAAUAUCCGACAUUUCAAUCACUCGCGGUUUCAAAUCAAAAGAAAUUUACUUACUCAACUACCUCGCGCACAUCAGGUGUUAUCCAACACCACAGAAAUACCUACCGAGCUGCUUACGAAACAAAAAAGGUUGAGACACCCCGAACCCUUAACUACCUACCCCAUAUCUUACUAGGACCUCAUCCUAGUCUUCACUGGCGUGCCGAGCUCGAAACGUCACCAGACCCAAAAUAACACCCCCGACCAUGGCACGGUAGAGCGUGAUAUCCCGAGCCUUGCGCGCUCCCUCCUCAGGAUUUGCCAGCAAAAACAACAAACUAAAACAAAAAAGUGACAAGUCCUGCUUGUCCGACGGCUAAACUCAUCAGGGUGCUCAAAACAUACAAACAAAAACAAAACCGACAAAAUACCAACAUAGCAGCUACAGCAAAUAAACAAAAUUAUUAUUAUUUUAAUCGUGAAACAUUUUUUUUAAUAACCCCGUAUCACCCCACGUAAAAGUGCCAAACCUGUUUCACAAAGCACAACCUCUGGGUUCCGAAACCUCCGAGUAGUAAGAGCGGUGACGUCACUAAUUCACAACUUACUAAGUUCAUUCACAAAUCGAGUGAAUCAACACCUACCGAGGUGAAAAAACGCAACAAACGGACGAGCCCCCAUUUUGUCAUGACCCGGCUCAAAGGCCAUGAAAAAGAUUGCGAGGCGUACGGGUUUAAACUUAAAACGGAAGAUUUAUUAACAACAAAGAUUAAGUAAAUAAUUGAAUACCCAAGAAAAGAACUAAACUAACAAAGCUUCUAAACUAAAACAAAACAUUGUGCCACGAGGAUCACUGCCGUGGUGCGCAGCGGAGGAGGGAGAGAGAUACACUGAUCCUUGAUGAGGGCUUUUAACACCUGGUGGAAUGGCCAGAUCCACGCAGGUGUGGCCAAGCCCACUCACCAACCUGCCAGGGAGAGAGAAAAGACAAAGAACAACAGCAAACCCUGGAGGCCGGAGGCCAUCACAGGCAGGAGGCCGUCACACUCUCUCUCUCUCUCUCUCUCUCUCUCUCUCUCUCUCUCUCUCUUUUCCCCUCUCUCUCUCUCUCUCUCUUCCCCUUUCUCUCUCUCUCUCUCUCUCUCUCUCUCUCUUUUCCCCUCUCUCUCUCUCUCUCUCUCUCUCUUUUCCCCUUUCUCUCUCUCUCUCUCUCUCUCUCUUCCCCCUUUCUCUCUCUCUCUCUCUCUCUCUCUCUCUCUUUUCUCUCUCUCUCUCUCUCUCUCUCUCUCUUUCCCCUUUCUCUCUCUCUCUCUCUCUCUCUCCCUUUCUCUCUCUCUCUCUCGCUCUCUCUCUCCUUCUCUCACCCUCUCUCUCUUUCUCGCCCCCCCCUCCUGAUUUUCUCGCCCUCCUCUCCGUCGGCGUCGUUCCGCCGUACUCUCUGAUUUUACCCAAAGAGAAACGAAUCGUCCUGCUUUACUGUCAUCCUGGAGGAGAAAGUAACCGACCGAGAGCGGCGUGCUCUGCGGAGCGUGAAAUCCCUGAGUUUCUGCUGAGCUGCCCCCAGGACGGCGAGCGGCGCUCUGCUCACCGCCGCUCUGGAACUGGAGCAUUAAAUGCAAUUUCCAGCAGGUUUGGUCGUGGAGAGCGGAGCCGCCGAGGGGAUGAGGAGACGGUUGGAGAACAUGAGGGAGGGAUCUGAGAAGAACAGGAAGUCAUUUCAGCGUGUCCUACUCUCUGCGUCUCAUCAGCGGCCUGCGUGCUCAUAACGCCGUCAUGGCGGUCUGUUUGGAUAGUCUCCCGGAGCCUCAGCAGCAGUUCGAGUCUCCAGGAGAGGAGAGGAUCACUACAUGGUACAGUACCUGGAUCUGGAUCUGGUUCUGUAGGUGUAAUCUGGUUUGAUCUGGUUUGGAUCAGACCUCAUCAGGACAGUAGAACCUGGUCCAUGUUUUCUGAUAUUGAUCAGAUAAUCCUGAUUCUGUCAUCGAUCAGAUAUCUGGAGUGAUGAUCGGAGGAUCGUCUGUUAACCAAUCAAACAAAUAUAUUCAACACCACACACAGGAGUCAGGACCAGAGGAUCCCGGUCUGACCCGGUCUGCUGGUUCUGCUGCUCAUCCCCUCCAUGAUCCGGUUUUCAGCUGCGGGUCAGAACCAGACUCUGAUGUCAGUGUGAGCCGCUGUCCAGAGCUCCUCCCUCUGCAGAACACUGAGAUAUGAUCCAAUUAUGGCUGUGUGUGUGUGUGUGUGUGUGUGUGUGUGU